UCAAAAUCAUAUUUAUAGGAAGCUACAUCUCUCCCAUUGAAGCACCAAAUCAACACCACUUAAAACCUGAUUCCCAUUCCAAAUUCUCCCACUUCUCUUACUUCACCAAAUCUCUUGCAUUGCUUCCUUACUCUUUGGUUAAAAAAAUCAUAAUCUCUUUUAAAAUGGUGACUGUGGAGGAGAUUCGCAACGCUCAGCGUUCCAAUGGCCCUGCCACUAUCUUGGCUCUCGGCACUGCCACUCCUUCCAACUGUAUAACCCAAGCUGAGUAUCCGGAUUAUUACUUCCGUAUCACCAACAGCGAGCACAUGACUGACCUCAAGGAAAAAUUCAAGCGCAUGUGUGAUAGAUCGAUGAUAAAGAAACGUUACAUGCACUUGACUGAGGAGUUUUUGAAAGAGAAUCCCAACAUGUGUGAAUUCAUGGCACCAUCCCUGGAUGUGAGGCAGGAUAUUGUGGUGGUGGAAGUGCCGAAGCUUGGAAAAGAUGCAGCGAAGAAAGCGAUAGCGGAAUGGGGACAGCCGAAAUCCAAAAUCACUCAUCUCGUUUUCUGCACCACUUCCGGCGUUGACAUGCCCGGAGCAGAUUACCAGCUGACGAAACUCUUAGGUCUUAAACCGUCCGUGAAGCGGUUGAUGAUGUAUCAGCAAGGUUGUUUCGCUGGCGGGACGGUUCUCCGUUUAGCGAAAGAUCUUGCUGAGAACAACAAGAACGCGAGAGUUCUUGUUGUUUGCUCUGAGAUUACUGCCGUGACUUUCCGUGGACCUUCGGAAAGUCAUUUGGAUUCUCUUGUUGGACAGGCGCUCUUCGGCGACGGAGCCGCCGCGAUGAUUAUUGGGGCGGAUCCGGAUUUAGCCGUGGAGCGUCCUAUAUUCGAGAUUGUUUCUGCUGCUCAGACGAUUCUUCCCGAUUCCGACGGCGCGAUUGACGGGCAUCUUCGUGAAGUGGGGCUCACUUUUCAUUUGCUGAAAGAUGUUCCUGGGAUUAUUUCAAAGAACAUUGAAAAGAGUUUGGUUGAAGCUUUUGAACCGAUUGGGAUUAAUGAUUGGAAUUCGAUAUUUUGGGUUGCGCAUCCGGGUGGACCGGCUAUUUUAGACCAGGUUGAGGAAAAACUCCGGUUGAAGGAAGAGAAACUCCGGUCUACUAGGCAUGUGUUAAGUGAGUAUGGAAAUAUGUCUAGUGCUUGUGUUUUGUUUAUUUUGGAUGAAAUGAGAAAGAGCUCUAAGGAAGAAGGGAAGGUUACGACCGGUGAAGGGUUGGAGUGGGGGGUUUUGUUUGGGUUUGGACCGGGUUUGACUGUUGAGACCGUUGUUCUUCAUAGUGUGCCGGUUCAGGGUUGAAAUAUUGAUAGAUUCAGAAAUAAAAAGUGUGCAACAAACUCAGCGUGCACACUUAAAUAAAGUUUUUAAGAUACUAUUGUGUUUUUAUUAUUAUGAUUUUACUAGUGUGUAAUGUAAUGUUUUAUUAUUAUUUUUUUUGGAAAUUCAUGUUAUGUUAUCUAUGAAAAAAAUAUUCAUGAUGUAAUGGGGGUCUGUAUUGAAGUUAUUUGGCAUUAAAUUUAAUAUAUGGAUUAUUUUUUGUAACAA